AAUUCAUCCAGUUACCUGUGACAAUUGCCAAAAGACUAAGAAAAAGUAAUUGGGUUUCUAAAAUAAAAUCAGUGAAUCUUGUUAAUUUCACGAAUAUUGUUUUGUCUCUACGUAAGAAAAUAAACUUUGGAAAGUGCGAAAAUAUGCCUAUGCUCAGAAAACCCAAAAAAACGCUUCUCUCGCCAUUUGAAAAUUCGAAAAAAAUGCAUAUUUACUUAAAAGAAGAUUAUAAAGAGAAUCUAAGAAACAAUGAGGCGAAUCAAUAUCUACGACCAAAACCAACCAAAACGGUUUCACAAUUAAAUAGUAGUGUUCAACUAGACAAAAAUAAAAUCAACAAUCACGUUGAACUUACUAAAGUCCAUUCAUUCAACGUAUCCGUAAUGCCGGAUUGCUCAACUAAUGAUCAAUUUAGGAAUGUUGAUAAGGAAGCUCCAAAUCAAGAGAAAUUGAGACAGUUUCCAGGUGAAAUAAAAUCAAAAAGGAAUAUCCUACAGCACGAUGAAGUUGAUAAUGCACUAGGUUACAAGGAAAAACCUUCCACUAAAAAAACUAAGAAGAAAAUAAUUGAGCAAAACCUAAACAAAAACUUAGUAGAGUCAAAAUCGGACGAACUUAUUGAAUUGGCAGAAUUAAAUAUGAAGUUAAGUCAGGAAAAGUGGAGUGAAAAAAGUAAAUUGCAGUUAGAAGAACUAGAUAAGUUGGUGCAAUCUAACCUACAACUAAGUCAAGAAAAACUGCGUCCUCUACAAUCCCCUAGUCCACGCGCAAAACGCAAUAUGAGUAAAGAUAAUUACCAACAAGCAAACCCAAAAAGAAAAACAAAAGAUAAUAAAAAUAAAAAACAAAAAGAGACUAGCUGCCUAAACCAUGACAUGUUAAAUAAUAUAAUAAAGAAUAACAUUCCAGAUUCACAAAAAAAUAAAGAUAAAGCUAAGAUGAAAAAGCUUGACAGUUUCGCAAAUAAAAAUGAAACCCACAAAACUCGAGACAACAAACAAACUGAUGAACAAAUUAUAAAUCGCAUGACUGAACUCCAAAAUCUACGAGAUGUGGGAGUUUAUGUUUAUUGCGAUAUAUGUGAUAAAAUCCGUUAUUUAGCAGAUUACAAAGAUCCACUGGACCUCCCUGAAAAAUGGUACUGUUACAUGAACCCCGAUUUAAAAUAUAACAAAUGUAGCGAUCCAGAAUAUCCAUUGAGCAAAGAAACUGAACAAUUAUUAAUUAGGAAUAAGUUCAAUGCUGGAAGCAUUGUAUGGGCUAAAAUGGAGGGUUAUCCGUGGUGGCCAGCUAUGGUGGAAGAUGACCCUGACAUUGAGGAUUAUUAUUGGUUGGAGGACGAUUCUGACGAACCAACUUAUUACCACGUAACAUUUUUCGAUACUAAACAAGUAACGAGAGCUUGGAUUAAAACGGAGUAUUUAAGAUCAUUUGAAAUAAAUGCAGGAAGCAAAUGCUUUUUGUCAAAAAAGAAGAGUAUUUAUAGCCAUAGGGUGGAGAUGUCGACCAAAACUGCACAAAAAGCGUAUAAAAUGCAGCUAUUAGAUAGGCUGAAGACGUUCGGGUUUGUUAAUCGUUUCAGUAUUAACAAAAAUAGACGCAAAGUAAAUAAAAACACGGAGAAGAAACACUUUAAAAGCAAUGAAUAUAUAAAUGACCAAUUACUGAUUAAUGCAAAAAUUUAUGACGAAAUGAUUACGGACUGUUUGGAUAAUAAUUACACUUCCUGUCUUGAUAUUUCACCUAACCUCUUUUAAUUUGCUGCAAAUAUUUCGCAAGUUAUUGCCUAAUUUGGUUUAUAUUUUUGUUUUUUAAUAAUGGACAUAUCUUAAACAGUCUUCAGAAUUGCAUAUAAUUUGUUUAGAUUGUUUAGUCUAUUUAUAAUAUUUGUA